GUCCCCCUGCCCCGGUGCCCCACCCGGCGCCCUGCCGCGGCCAGGCAGGCACUCAGCCUGGGCCGGAGCCCGGGAAGCGCGCGGGCGAAGAGGAGGAGCCAGGGGCCCGAGCGGGUGGAGCCGGGAGCCCGAGAUCGGUGGAGUCAGAUUUCCUGGGCCCGGCUCUCUGCGGCUACCAUGGCGUUUGCGAAGAGUCACCGGGAUCCCUAUGCGACCUCCGUGGGCCACCUCAUAGAAAAGGCUACAUUUGCUGGAGUUCAGACUGAAGAUUGGGGCCAGUUCAUGCACAUCUGUGACAUAAUUAACACUGCCCACGACGGGCCAAAAGAUGCAGUAAAAGCUUUGAAGAAAAGGAUUUCCAAAAACUACAAUCAUAAAGAAAUCCAGCUUACCUUGUCACUUAUUGACAUGUGCAUGCAGAACUGUGGUCCAAGUUUCCAAUCUCUGAUUGUGAAGAAGGAGUUUGUUAAAGAUAGCCUAGUCAAGCUGCUGAAUCCCAGAUACACCUUGCCUUUAGACGUUCAGAAUAGAAUCCUGAAUUUCAUUAAGACUUGGUCACAGGGUUUCCCAGGAGGCGUGGACGUAAGUGAAGUGAAAGAAGUGUACCUUGACCUGCUGAAGAAAGGUGUUCAGUUUCCUCCCUCAGAGGCAGAGGCUGAAAGAGCAGGACUCGAGACUUCUCAGAUCUCAUCGAAUCCACCAACCCCUGUUCCUAGUGCACCAGCUCUUUCUUCUGUAAUUGCUCCCAGGAACUCUACUAUCACACUGGUCCCAGAACAGAUUGGUAAAUUGCACAGUGAGUUGGAUAUGGUGAAAAUGAAUGUGAGAGUGAUGUCCACCAUAUUGAUGGAGAAUAUUCCUGGAUCGGAAAAUUGUGAAGACAUGGAGCUUCUGCAGAAACUUUAUAAGACGGGUCGGGAGAUGCAGGAGAGGAUCAUGGACCUGCUCGUGGUGGUGGAGAAUGAAGACGUAACAGUUGAGCUCAUUCAAGUCAAUGAGGAUUUGAAUAAUGCCAUCCUUGGAUGUGAGAGGUUUACUCGAAACCAACAAAGGAUUUUGGAGCAAAAUAAGAACCAGACAGAAGAUGCCAAUAUUACCAGUGAACCUUCUGCCCCGUCCUGUGAUCUCCUUGACCUGAGUCCCAGCCCCCCGAAGCCGAGGGCCACUCUGAGAGAACUCAACUCCGUGAAUGCUCAGCUCUCAGACCUAAAUUUCACUUCUCCAAGUCCUGCUGUAACGAACAACGUGAAACCUAGUCUUUGUCCACAGAUGGAUUUGCUAGCCUUGGAAAAUACAGAAACAUCCCUGUUUGCUCAAAGGACCAGCCAAAACCUCUCCUCAAGUCAUGCAUAUGAGAAUUUUCCAGAACAUUCAAAUUCAGUGUUACUACAGCCGGUUAGUCUACAGACCAUUCCAGCAACACCAUCAAACCAGACACUGCCGUCCUUGCCCGGCAAUCACCCAGCGAUGACAAAGAAUGAUCUCCAGCUACCCCAUUACUACGAGGUAAUGGAGUUUGAUCCCUUAGCUCCUGCUGUCACUGCAGAAGCUAUUUAUGAAGAAAUUGAUGGUCAUCACCAAAAAGGAGCUGAAAGUCAUAGUGAUUGUUGAGGUGCAAGUGCAUGACCAGCUCACCUGCUAGACCCUGUCCACUUUUGAGACCCAGAAGACAAGACCUACCAACACAUCAAAACCAUGGUGGAACAUUUCUCCCCUGCAAUAAUGAAGUUUAAACAGAAGAGUAACAGCCCCAGAGUAAGAUUUAUGGUUCCUGACGGCAGCUCAAGCUUUAUCUCAAAAGAACUUGGUUGUAACAUGAAUUCACUUAAAACUUUACAGAAGAAAAGUUCAUUGUACUGAGGCCAACCAGGUUACUUGUAGCAUCUUAUGUUUCACAGACCUUCCUACAUUUAGAAAUCACCACACAGCCAUGAUAAGAGGAGAUGAAGAUUAUUUCAUUACAAAAUAACUCUGAAUAGAUGUUAAGCAUGAAAUGUGAGAAACUAUUAUUCAGGAAGAAUACUGAGUGCCUUCAUUUAACUAAAGUUGAAUGUAAAAGUCAAUUUGCACUUCUUUAUAAAUACUACUCUUGUUUAGGAGUAUGAACUCUAAAAGCCGUGAUUGUAGUUUAAUUAUAUUUCAGGUACUCAGAUGAGGUCACCGGACUACAUCGGACUGCCUUUAAAUAGGACUCUUUAUAAUACUAAAUUUUUUUUUUCUUUUUACUGCAAUUUAAUAUUUCUAUUUGGAACAAAAACUACUGGAAGACAUAAUAAAUUGUGCAUUCGUUUAUG